AUGGAUAUGAUAGCAACUGGAUUAGAUGUAUUGGACAGAAUUGAAAAAAUUGAAAAGUUGAGAGAUGAAGUUCAAAAGAUUGUUGAUAUGAAUGAAAAAGUUAAACAAAACAAUGUCUACACUAUUGAAGAAGUUAUUAAAUACGCUAAAUUCAUUAGUGGAACUGUUGCACAACAACCUCCUUAUCCAAAAAUGCCUUCAUCUCUUCCUUAUCCUUAUCAUAUUCCUGUUAAUGUACCAACUGGUGUUGAUUUAUUGGAAAAUGCUGGUUGGAAUAGAGAUAUCACUGCAUAUAGUGAUUCUGAUGAAAGUAAAGAAGAACAACCAAAGAAAGAACCUGAAUUUGAAGUUGAUAAUGACAAUGAUCUUGUUCUUAUGGAAAGUAGUGUUUCUGAAGAAAUAUUGUAA